UCGGGCUGUGCGGGGCCAGAAAGGCAAGUGCCAGGUCGCCACGAGACACAGCUUCUUGCCAGGGGUGGCAGCUUCCUCUUCCACAGCCACUUCCGUGCGGCCAGGGCCCCAGAGGCAGGAGUUGCUACCCGUUGCCAGGCCACUCUCCACCCCUAGUUGGGAGCCCUGCCCCCUGGGGCCGUGCCAAGCCCAGAGCCUGGCUUGGGAUCCCAUGGGGGACUGGUAGAGGGCAAAGGUCCUGGGGGACAGAGGUGGCCGGGCCAGAGCCCUGGGGCUCCAGCCAUGAAGUCGCGGCAGAAAGGCAAGAAGAAAGGCAGCUCGAAGGAGCGGGUGUUCGGGUGUGACCUACAGGAGCACCUCCAGCACUCAGGCCAGGAGGUGCCCCAGGUGCUGAAGAGCUGUGCAGAGUUUGUGGAGGAGCACGGAGUGGUGGAUGGCAUCUACCGCCUCUCAGGGGUCUCCUCCAACAUCCAGAAGCUCCGGCAGGAGUUCGAGGCCGAGCGGAAGCCAGACCUGCGGCGGGAUGUGUACCUGCAGGACAUCCACUGCGUGUCGUCGCUGUGCAAGGCCUACUUCCGCGAGCUGCCUGACCCCCUGCUCACCUACCGGCUCUAUGACAAGUUUGCUGAGGCUGUGGCAGUGCAGCUGGAGCCCGAGCGCUUGGUCAAGAUCCUAGAGGUGCUUCGGGAACUCCCCGUCCCAAACUACAGGACCCUGGAGUUCCUCAUGCGUCAUCUGGUGCACAUGGCGUCCUUCAGCGCCCAGACCAACAUGCACUCACGCAACCUGGCCAUCGUGUGGGCCCCCAACCUGCUGAGGUCUAAAGACAUAGAGGCUUCAGGCUUCAACGGGACGGCGGCCUUCAUGGAGGUGCGUGUGCAGUCCAUUGUCGUCGAGUUCAUCCUCACGCACGUGAACCAGCUCUUUGGGGGCGCUGCCCUCUUGGGUGGUGAGAUGGACAGUGGAUGGCGGUCACUUCCAGGGUCCCGGGCGUCGGGGAGCCCUGAGGACUUUAUGCCCAGGUCUCUGCCCUACCAGCUGCCGAGCGUGCUACAGGCUGGUGACGGGCCCCCACAGAUACGGCCCUACCACACUAUCAUUGAGAUUACCGAGCACAAGAGGAAAGGGUCUUUGAAGGUCAGGAAAUGGAGAUCGAUCUUCAAUCUGGGUCGCUCUGGCAAUGAGACCAAGCGUAAACUUCCACGGGGGGCUGAGGACAGGGAUGACAAAUCCGAUAAGGGGACGCUGCGGCCAGCCAAGAGCAUGGACUCCCUGAGUGCUGCAGCUGGGGCCAGUGAUGAGCCAGAGGGGCUGGUGGGACCCAGCAGCCUCCGGCCAACCCCGCUGCUGCCCGAGUGCUUAGAGGGUGACUCUGUGGAGGCAGCAGACGGUGAGCCGGAUCCUGACGCAGAGGCCCUGGGCAGCACCAACUCUGAGCCUGGCACGCCGCGAGCUGGGCGGUCAACGAUCCGUGCUGGGGGCAGCAGCCGUGCCGAGCGCUGCGCUGGUGUCCACAUCUCAGACCCCUACAAUGUCAACCUCCCACUACACAUCACCUCCAUCCUCAGCAUGCCCCCAAACAUCAUCUCCAACGUCUCCUUGGCCAGGCUCACCCGCGGCCUGGAGUGCCCUGCCCUGCAGCUCCGGCCAAGCCCUGCCUCUGGCCCUGGCCCUGGCCCCGGCCUUGGCCCUGGGCCCCCAGAUGAGACGUUGGAGGCCAGUCCUGCUGAAGGUCCCGUGGCUGGCUCAUGCCCCGUGGACGUGACUGCGGCCCUGGAGGACUGCCUGUCCCAGGAGGUGCAGGACUCCUUCUCCUUCCUUGAGGACUCGAGCGGCUCAGAGCCCGAGUGGGUGGGGGCGGAGGACGGGGCAGCAGCCGCAGGGGCAGCCUUCUCCCCUGGGGAGGACGACCCUGGGAUGGGCUACCUGGAGGAGCUCCUGGGAGCCGGGCCGCAGGUGGAGGAGUUCUCUGUGGAGCCGCCCCUGGAUGACCUCUCCCUGGAUGAGGCACAGUUUGUCCUCGCUCCCAGCUGCUGUCCCCUGGACUCUGCUGGCCCCGGGCCUGAAGGAGAGGAGGAGAACGGGGAGGAAGUCUUUCUGAGUGCCUACGAUGACCUAAGUCCCCUUCUGGGGGCCAAACCGCUGGCCUGGGAGGGUCCCAGUAGCCUGGAGGAAGAGGCCACAGGGUGCAGGACACACGAGGCUCCAGGGCAGGCGGAGGGAGGGCAGGCACGCCGUGAAGCUGGGGAGGACAAGGAGGCUGAGCCUGGCGGCAGGUGGGACAUCAGGGAGGAGGCUGAGGGGAGCCCCGAGAGUGAGCUGGAGGCUGCAGAGGCAGGUGAGGACGGAGCGGGGGCCGGGGAAAGCCAAGAGAUGAUGGUCAGUUUGAGUGGGCAAGGCACGGAGGCCAAGGGAGAGGAGGCCAAAGGUCAGCAGGAUGAGACUAUGGAGGAAGCUACGGGUGUGGAGGAAACGGGAGAGCAGGGGAAAGGCAAGGAGGAAAGGAAGACGGAGCGAGAGGAAGAGUCUGAGGAAGGAGAGGAAGCCCAGGGAGAAGCUGGAAGGGGCCCAGAACACAAGGCCCAGGAGAGCCAGGCUGCUGAAGAGAGCCAGGGAGUCUCACAAAAACGAGAGGCUGAGGGAGGCAGAAAGGACGAGGAUGAAGUCGAAGGACAGGGGGAGGAUGGGGACCAACGGGCAAGAGAAGAGCAAGGAGACGGUGAAGACGGCAGAAGUGCAGAAGAAUCAGCUGCCGGAGGAGCGGGGGAGGUCAGCAAGGAGCGGGAGAGCGGGGACGGAGAGGCGGAGGGAGACCAUUUAGAAGACCGCUUCCUCUUUGAAGAGCCACAUGGAGAGACCCUGGAGGUUGACGGUGCCAAAGAGGGCAACGCCCAGCCCUCUGAGACGGAGCAGGCAGCCCCACAGCCACCCCGACCAGAGGAGGUGGGGCCUGAGGGGCAGCCUAGUCCGGAGGGCUGCAGCCUGUGUCCCUGGCCCCUGGCCCCGGCCGGCGGUGUGAGCAUGCGCCUGGCUUCCACCCUGCUUCAGGUCCAACAGGUCCGCUCCGUGCCAGUGGUGCCCCCUAAGCCACAGUUUGCCAAGAUGCCCAGUGCCAUGUGUAGCAAGAUCCACGUGGCACCUGCAAACCCAUGCCCAAGGCCUGGUCGGCUGGAUGGGACUCCUGGGGAGAGGGCUUGGGGGACCAGAGCCUCCCGCUCCUCUUGGAGGAAUGGGGGCAGUCUUUCCUUUGAUGCUGCUGUGGCCUUGGCCCGAGACCGACAGAGGACUGAGGCCCAGGGAGUUCGGCGGACCCAGACCUGUACUGGGGGAGAGGACUACAGCCUCAUCCCCAGAACCGCCCCCUGUAUCGUGACCCCUGCCCAUUCCUCUCGGCCCCUCAGCUUCUUGGAGCUCCCAGCUGAAGGCACAGAAGGGUCUGGACCCCGGAGUCGGCUUAGCCUGCCCCCCAGAGAACCCCAGCCCCUUCACCCACUUCUGCCCCCACAGCGCCGAACAUAUGCCUUCGAAACACAGGCUAACCCUGGGAAAGGCGAGGCACUGUGACUGGGACCAGAGCACUGGGCAAAGGGGACAGUAUGUUGUCCUGAAUCUCUGGGGUCCCUGACUAGCUGUGUCUUCUGCAGCCUGAGCAGUUGUGGUGCCCAACCCUAUAGGUUCCCUCUGACUGUGGGAGGCACUGCCUCGGCUGGUUUGCCUGAACUUGGCUCAGACACAAAGCAUUUAUUCCUUAGGAGAUUCCCAAGAAGGUGACCACGAUCCUGUUCCUAGGGCGUGAGGUCACCGGCCAUAGGGAACAAAGAGCAGGCAGAAAUUUUAGAGGUUUCUCAAAAUGAAGCAUGAAGGGGGAACUCCAGCCAAGUUUCUGGCAUUCUCUGAGGCUGUGAACUUCUCCAUGGAAGCCCCCAGAGUGGGGUGGGGAGCACGGCCGGCCAGAGCCUUUCCCACACAAACACUUGUCGGAUCGCUCACCUCCUUCUAUUUUCGGACCCUGUAUCCCCCCUGACCCUCUUGGUCCCAGGUUAGGAGUGACAUGUCCAGGAAGCUCUCUGAAGAGCUCGGUGUUCGCUGGAGGGACUGGCUCCCUUUGCAGCCCCUCCAGCCCCUGCCUCCGGUCACGGUAAGGGGGAGGUCGGUCUGGCAUGUCCUUUUGCCUUUGGAGUCAUUUCCUCCUAUUCCAGGAAAGGGGAAAAGCAUCACUUGGGACCUGGGAUUGCUUCUCCAGACAGGCUGGGGGGGGGGGGGGCGAAUCCCAUUCUAAUAAGGGGUGAUGUUUCAGAAUAAAAGUUGUAUUUUCACAUGUAAACAGUGUGGGGCUUCAUUAUUCUUAUUAAAGUCUUGGGUCAUAGGUAUUGCCAUUUCAUACGUUUGGCCAAUUGUUGUUCUUUUUGUUGUUCGCGAGCUCUUCCUCAGUUGCCAUGGAGACCUGUGGCUAGAAACCAGAGCUGGGUUCUCGGCGGUCAGGAAAUGGGGAAGAGAAACCUACGUUUACAUAAAGCUCAUCAUGUGCCAGGAAGGACUAGGUAUUCUCUGCGCAGGAGCCUUUGCCUUCGGUUUUACCGAGUCCACCUGACAGUCCUGUCGGGUUGGCACCGGCCUGUCCCCCGCAGUCGAGGAAACGGACGCCAAUGAAGUCCAAGGGCCUGCCGCGGUGUGGGCGGCAACCAGCGAGCCGCGGAGGCGGAGGGUGCAGGGCGGGUGCUGCCCGGGAAGGACGGGAAUCGGGGUCCCCGUCACAGGGCUGAGCCUCGAACGCUGGGAGCCCGGGGUGGGGGCGGGGGUCUGCGUGCGGGGCUCCGACGCGGACACAAAGCCUGGGCGCGCCCAGCCACGGCCGAACCUCCCGCAGGAAACGUCAAGGGCGCCCCGACGCCCGCAGAGCCCGUGGGAAGGACGGCCGCGCCCGCACCCGCACCCGCGCGGGCCGAGCGCCCCGUCCGGGAACUACACGAAACGGCCGCGUCCGGCGGCAAGACGGCAGCGCGAGCUGGGCGUCUCCCCGCCGCUCUCGCCGAAGGCGCAGGCGCCCGCGUCCCUCUUCCGGGAU